CAAACAUUGCGAAUGACAGCUCGAAAAGUCAGGCGUUGUUUUAUUUUCUGUUGUUGUUGACAAGUGAGUGACGCUUCAACUGUAAAAAAUAAUUCAUUUGAUCUUUUACACUCUCUCGUUAAAAUUGUGAAUUUCAAAUUUAUCCAAAGUGAAAUAAUAGAUUGUUUUCAAAUUUUUACGAUUUCCGUUGUUUACACGAACUUUGAAGAAUUGGUUGAGCACAAGGAAAAGAAGUUUGCACCAAAAUUUGAGAACCAUAAACAUUCUGAACAAAAAUGGACUAUUUAAACUGCUACAUCUGCAAUUCUGAAACAAAGCUGCACAAUAGCGUGCGAAUACGGACGAAGACGAAAUAUUCUGGUAUCGGUGUUCACGAGAUUAUACAGAGUUUUUUGAAGGAAUCUCACACGCUGCGAUUCAGCCCAAAUGACAUCGUUUGCGAGCGAUGUUUUCAGAAAAUCAACCAGUAUGAUUUGGCGUGUCGAAUGGCCGACGAAAUUCAACAAGAUGUUACAAAUGCAUUGUACGCCACUGAACAGCAAUAUAUAAGCGAAGAACCAGUAGAAUACCUGGAAGAUGUACAAAGUGAAAAAAAUUCUUGCCAAAAAGAUUUCGAAGAAUUUCAGGACCAAUAUGAUAUGCAGAAUGUACAAGAGAAAGGCAAUAAUCAAGCGGAGAACAUAGAAACAGUGCACAUAUCGAGCAUUGAUGACGCAAUAGAAGAGGUGCUCGAUCCAUCAAAAAAGCAAACCAAUGACUUCACACCAGCUAAGCGGAAAAGUCACGCCGGCUGUGAGGAGUGUGACAUUCCAUUCGGUACCAAAAAAGAGCUGAAGCAACAUCAACUACGCUAUCAUACCCCAAAGAAGUGUGGAGUUUGCCAAAAGGUGUUCGACAAUCAGUUGGAACUGAGAAAUCAUGCACGCCAAGAUCAUGAAAUUGAACACUGCUCAAAUGAUGAGGCUGAAUCCAGUCGUGGAGAAGUAUCAACCGGCGAAAGCGAUAGCAAUCUUCGAUGCGAAAUAUGUGGCAUCACCGAAAGCACCAAUGAGUCAUUAGCCAACCAUGUCGGUUUACAUGAGAAUCAGCUGAAAUGUGUGGUGUGUAACACGAUUUUGAAACAUCGAGCCAACCUGGUCUUACACAUGCGGAUUCAUGCCGACAAGAAAUUCUUCAAAUGCGAUAAAUGCGAAAAGACCUUUGUGCACAAAUCAUCACUUCGGAUGCAUUUACAAACGACGCACACCGAAGUUCGUAACAAACAGUGCCCAGAAUGUCCGUUGAAAUUUAAAACAACGUCACAGCUCAACCAGCACCUAGUAACGCACACUGGCAUCAAAAGACACCAAUGCCCAGAAUGUGGCAAAGCAUUUGGCCAAAAGUACAAUAUGACAGCUCAUUAUAAAUCACAUUUUUUCAACAAAGUCCAAAGACGCGUGCGAACCCGAACCAAGCCAACUUCCACCGUUCAUAUGAAAAUGGAAAUGUAAUAACUAUUACAUAUCACCAAUAAAAUUGAUUCGAUCCAUUAACUAGAUUCUGAUGUUUUGUGUGCGCAUUGGUGAGUGGCGCCAUCUGGUGACAAACCGCUCCAUCUCCUCAAUCACUUUGACAUUCAAUAUGCAUUCUUUCUUCGAUUCAUUGAAUUUGUAAACACGUGCAUACACUUUUGGAAUAAUAACUGCGAAAUUGGUUGCUUCUUGGUAAAUAAUUCGUUAAACACUACAAAAUGCCGAAGGUGAUAGCUGAAAAGAAACACCGAAUCCACAAUGAAGUACAGAAACAAGGAAUUGUAUUCAAUAAGGAUUUCGGUCAGCACAUUUUGAAGAAUCCUCUGGUUAUCACAAGCAUGCUGGAGAAGUCAGCCUUGCGACCGACAGAUGUUGUGUUGGAAAUUGGUCCUGGUACGGGAAACAUGACGGUGAAAAUUUUGGAAAAAGCGAAAAAAGUGGUUGCCUGUGAAAUCGAUCCUCGGCUUGUGGCUGAGUUACAGAAGCGUAUCCAAGGAACGCCAUACCAAUCCAAAUUGCAAAUUCUUAUCGGCGAUGCGCUCAAGUCAGAGUUUCCAUUCUAUGACAUUUGCAUUGCAAACGUACCGUAUCAGAUCAGUUCACCGCUUGUGUUCAAACUGUUACUGCACCGGCCGAUCUUCCGAUGUGCCGUACUUAUGUUCCAACGAGAAUUUGCUCAGCGUCUCGUGGCCAAACCGGGCGAUAAGUUCUAUUGCCGCUUGAGCAUCAAUACACAAUUGUUGGCUCGUGUCGAUAUGCUCAUGAAAGUUGGCAAAAAUAACUUCAAACCACCACCAAAAGUUGAAUCGAGCGUUGUGCGUAUCGAACCCAGAAAUCCACCGCCAGCAAUCAACUUCACCGAAUGGGAUGGCCUCACUCGGAUCGCCUUCUUGCGCAAAAACAAAACACUGGCCGCUUCGUUCAAACAGUCUUCGGUUUUACAAAUGCUUGAAAAUAACUACAAACUGCAAGCUUCGCUGCAAAAUCAGGAAAUCAGUCCCGAUUUUGACAUCAAACAACUAGUCGAAAGUGUAGAGGCUGAAGCCAGCGAAAAACGUGCCCGCACAAUGGAUUUGGACGAUUUCAUGAAUUUAUUGUACUGUUUCAAUAAGCAUGGCAUUCAUUUUAGUUAGAUAUUAUAUUACAUGAAUAAAUCAACGUUUAUUGUUACACUCAAAAUAA